CUCCAUGAUUAUUAUUCAUGCUCUCCUGCUCCUCGUGCUAAUUCCGCUCGCCGCAGCACAGCCGUGGACCAACUGCGGCAGAGGCCAAGGCAACUACUCGGCAGGCAGCACAUACGAGACCAAUCUCCUAGACCUCCUCCUCGGCACCCUCUGCCAUAACGCCUCCUCGUCGCCGACCCUAUUCGCCAAAGGAUCCCUCGGUGCCGCGCCGGACACUGCCUGGGCCCUGAUUCUCUGCCGAGGCGACGUCAGCGCCAAGAUGUGCUACGAAUGCGUCACCUGGGCUGGUCACUACGCGGCCACAGCCUGCAACCGCAGCAGGGACGUGGCCCUCUGCUGCGACCAGUGCUACGUCCGCCUAGCCGACCACAACUUCUUCGACCCCAACGGCAACGCCGGCGUGGUAUCGUCCUUGAGCGCUCUAGGUAUCACCAACGGGGACGUCGUCGGCUACGACUGGGCCCUCACUGGCCUGUUCAGCUCCACGGUGAAGUAUGCGGUGGACAACUCCUCCAGGAUGUUCGCCAUGGGGUAUUCGGCAGAGACCGAGCCGGGGAUCUACUCGGCGGCGCAGUGCGCGGCGGACCUGUCGCGGCCGCAGUGCCGAAACUGCCUACAAGGCCUCAUGGGCAUGUGGCGGACCACGUUCCUGCGGAACACGCGGGGCGCGAGGCUGGCUGAAUCCUCGCCGGGCAUGCUGAGGAAGCUGGUGCCGGAGCCGCCGGCCUCGUGGUCAUUGGCGGUCGGGCACACCUCCGGCUCGUCGUCCUCCACAAACUUGGUGAAGAUCUCGACGAUCUCCUGCUUCCGCCGGCGGAGGAAGGGGUGGUUGCCCUCCACCUCGUACUCCGACUCAAAGGACUCAAGGAGCACCUGCUGCUCUGCCAAGUGGUCCGCCUGGGCCGCAUCGAACUCCGCCAUGGCAUUGUCCAUGUCGAAGCCCGCAGGCUCUAGAUCGUCCUCUGCCGCCUUCUCCGGCCGCUCCUUCUCCGUGUCCUUCUCCGCCGUCUCUGGCUCCUUCUCCUGGCGUACCAGGAGGGCCGUCACAAAGAUUAUGAUAAUAGUUUUGACAUCAUCAGUUGCGACCUUGCUAUUCUCGUGUAUUUAUGUGCUGAUAUGGCAUAGAAAAGGAAGAAGACUAUGGUUUCUCCUUUGCAAGAAGACUAGCGGAAACAAUGAAAAUAAUUACGAGGCCAUGAUUGCAUCGUAUGGAUCCCUAGCUCCAAAACGAUACACGUACUCAGAGGUAAUGAAGAUAACAUCCUCUCGCAGCAAUGAGCUUGGAAAAGGUGGUUAUGGUGUGGUUUUCAAAGGAACCCUACUUGAUGGCCGUCUAGUAGCAGUGAAAUUCUUGCAUGAAUGCAAAGGAAACGGGGGCGAGUUUGUGAAUGAGGUUAUGAGCAUUGGCAGGACUUCUCAUGUAAAUGUUGUUAGCUUGUUUGGGUUCUGUUUGGAGGGAUCAAAACGAGCUCUUAUAUAUGAGUACAUGUCCAACAAUUCCUUGGAUAAGUUCAUUUACUCAGAGGACCCCAAGGAAAUUUUAGGAUGGGAUAAGCUCUAUGUAAUAGCAAUCGGGAUUGCUCGUGGCCUCGAAUACUUGCACCAUAGUUGUAAUACACGCAUCGUACAUUUCGACAUCAAGCCACAAAAUAUCCUUCUAGACAAGGAUUUUAGCCCCAAAAUUGCUGAUUUUGGUCUAGCUAAAUUGUGUCAUACAAAAGAAAGCAAGGUUUCAAUGACCGGUGCUAGAGGAACAAUUGGAUUCAUCGCUCUAGAAGUUCACUCUCGAACCUUCGCUCCAGAAGUUCACUCUCCAGAAGCCUCACACUCUCAGUCUCAGUCAGUCAACACUCAGCAGCAGUAG